GAACUGACUCUGAGUUGCGGAAACUAGUUUGAAGUGACUAUACAGAGCUGUAUGUGUUCAUGUUACGCCGUGUUUCGAGGGAAAAGCAGUGAUGGCUUUUACUAUCAGCAACAGAUGUAUACGUUCCUGGUGUAAUUAUAUGUUUAGGGGAAAUGAAAGUCGGGUUUUUUGAGAUGGCAUCUGCAUUUGUAUCGGUUAUCCUUUUGCUGAUCGAUCAGAUUGCAUUUGCCAGAACGUGCUCACGGGCAUAUCUUCCUCCGUCGCGUGACCCCACCAAGGCUCCAGCGACACCACACAUCCUGUUCAUUCUAGUGGAUGAUUUGGGUUACGGCGACGUGGGUUACCAUGGCUCCGAGAUUCAGACGCCAGUGAUUGACAGGCUGGCUCAGAAUGGCGUCAAACUUGAGAACUAUUACGUGCAGCCGUUAUGUACUCCGACACGGAGCCAGCUUCUUAGCGGUAGGUAUCAGAUCCAUACGGGUCUUCAACAUGGUAAGUUCUCCAACACCCAGCCCACGGGGUUACCCCUGGACAGCCCUACCCUGGCGGACAAGCUCCGGGAGGCAGGGUACUCCACUCACCUGACCGGGAAAUGGCAUCUGGGAUUCUACAGGAACGCAUAUCUUCCCACCAGUCGAGGAUUCGACUCAUUUUAUGGUAUCCUGGGGGGAAGUUGUGACCACUACAGUCACGUCAAAUGCACAGACUUCACGAACAUCUGCGGAUACGACUUUCAUGACCACAAAGGGGACAACUUCACGGUAGCCCGGCAGGCGGCCGGCAGAUAUUCCACCAGCUUGAUCACAAAAAGAGCUGUGGAUAUUAUAUACGCACAUGACCCUGAGAAGCCGCUGUUCCUGCUCGUGUCGUACCAGGCCGUCCACUCCCCUCUGCAAGUGCCCGACAAAUACGAGGCCAUGUACUGGAACAUCUCCAACUGGAAAAGGCGACUUUAUGCAGGUAUGACGUCAGCGAUGGAUGACGCAGUAGGAAGGAUCGUGUCCGCUUUCAGGAACACGGGGUUAUGGAGAGACACAGUGUUGAUAUUCUCUACAGAUAAUGGAGGAAGCCCUGGUAUCGGGAGUAAUCUCCCAUUAACUGGUGGGAAGGGGUCGCUAUGGGAGGGGUCCAUCAAGGGAGUGGGAUUUGUCACAAGUCGCUUUCUCCAGAACAGAGGAACCACCCACAGGGGCCUCCUUCACGUCUCGGACUGGUUCCCGACGCUGGUGAAUCUAGCGAAUGGUACACUUAACGGCACGGCCGCACUAGACGGUUACGAUGUCUGGAAUAGCAUAUCCACUGGAGGACGAAGUCCCAGGAAGGAGAUUUUGCACAACAUAAACCCGCUUGGUCCGCUUACAGGACGGAGGGUUUGGAAAGAUACCUUUGAUAGCCGAAUCAAAUCCAGUAUUCGUAUCGGCCCAUGGAAACUGAUUACAGGCUAUCCAGGAUAUCGUGGACCCUCAGCGAUUGUAUCUUAUCCGGAGGAUCAAAAUGUAUGGCUCUUUAACGUCGCACGAGACCCCAUGGAGAAGCGAGAUUACUCUCGUCGAUAUCCAGGUAAAGUCCGCCACAUGCUGGAACGAUUGGCUGCUCAUCAUUUGACGUCAGUUCCGGUGUUCUAUCCACCGGCGGACCCCCAUAGUGACCCAGUAUUCAAUGAUGGUGCCUGGGGGCCAUGGAUGUGAUUACAGACUCGCUGAGAUAUUCAUAAAAAAAUGUUCAAAACGUAAUAUCCCAUUGUGUUUUAUUCACUCCAUUUUCCAUGCCGGACAUCAUUAAUUAAUGUAUCUGUAUUGUACUGUGUUCAUUGUUUUACAUUCUGUCAGACAUAGUUGUAAUAUCCUUGUGACUCUAUGAAUAUAUCCCAACUUUGAAUAUUUUUCGCACAUCAAACAAACUGCUUAUGUAAAAACCAAUGUAGAUUUCCAGUAAACAGUGAAUAUUUCAUCAAAGAUGUUCACCAUAAAAUGUAUAUUUUUUGUAACAGUCUGCAGUUAUUACUGUGCAUAACUAGUGUAGAUACCAAAGAACCAAGUUUAACGUCUAUAUAAUUAUAUGAUAAACAGAUUAUGAGUAAAAACUUGUAUAUAACA